UCGAAGCGGUGCCAUAGCAAACACUGCUUCAUAUUCGUUUUAAAAAGCGGAAAGUUAAUUAAAAUAAAUAAGAAAUAAUAUAAUAAUAAGCAAUUAAUAUUAUCAAAGUGCUGCAUCAUGAAAACCAGCCUUAUUUAUAUGCUAAUGGGCUUAGCCUGUUCUGUGGUUAUGCAAUCCCAAGCAGCUCGCAUACUGGGAGUGUUUCCCUCACCCUCCAAAUCUCAUGUGUUAAUACAUUGUGCCGUAGCAGAUGCCCUGGCCGAGGCGGGCCAUGAAGUGACCGUUAUUUCCUCCGUGCCCAAUAUGUUUAAGAAAGCAAAAUACAAGUUUAUGCAUGUGGAAGCCGCCAUGUUCGAUAGUAAUUUUGCUCAGGAAAUGUUAAAUAAACCAGCUUCGAUUUAUAGAAAAUUCAAUGGAAUUAUCUCGCAUGUCAUUGAUAUGGCCAAUGAUACUUUCAAUCAGCCCAAAAUAUUGGAUUUCUUGCAUAAUCAUAAGGCGGGCGAUUUUGAUGCUGUUAUUUUGGGUUAUUUUAUGAAUGAUUUUAUGCUGGGCUUUGGGGCUCAUUUUCAGUGUCCCAUAAUUUUAUCGUUUAUGGUGCAGCCAAUUUUUCCUAUUAACAAAAUGAUUGGCAAUCCUUUGGAGGCCUCAUAUGUACCGACUUUGUAUAGUGGCUUUAAACAGCCCAUGGAUUUUGUGAGCAGAGUUAAGAAUUUGUUGGCUAAUGGUUUUGAGCAGCUGGUUUUGGGGAAUCUAAUGCAAAGGAAGCUGGAUAGGAUGUAUGGAUACAACUUCCCAGCCGAUCGUUAUCCCCCCUUGGAGGAGGUGUACAAAAAUGUCUCUCUGGUCUUGACCAACCAUCACUUCAGCCAGGGCCCCAUAAGACCCAAUGUACCCGCUCUCAUUGAAAUUGGUGGCAUACAAAUCAAAGAACAACCCGAUCCUCUACCCAACGACUUGGCCGAACUCAUUGAGUCUUCUGAUAAAGGUGUUAUCUUCUUUAGUUUGGGCACCAAUGUCCAGGGCUCUAAUCUCUCCAAGGACAAAGCCAAAAUGAUAUUUAAUGUUCUUUCCAAACUACCCUAUACCGUUUUACUGAAAUGGGGAGACUCAGAUUUCCCAGGACAAUCUAAAAAUAUGAUUUACAGAUCUUGGCUGCCUCAGGAUGAUAUAUUGGCCCAUCCUAAAGUGAAACUUUUCAUAACUCAUGGCGGCAUGGGCAGUGUGGUGGAGUCUCAGUAUCAUGGUGUACCCAUGGUGGGUAUACCCUUCUUUGGUGAUCAACAUUCCAACAUAGCCAAUGUGGUGAAAUCGGGUUAUGGUUUGGGCCUGGAGUAUGCCCGCUUUAGUGAGGAGGCCUUUAGAAAUGCUGUUGUAGAGGUUUUGGAUAAUCCUUCUUACACCAAAAAUGUACAGAAAUUCUCUGAAUUAUAUAGAGAUAGACCCAUGACUCCACGCCAAUUGGUACGCUACUGGGUGGAUUAUGUUAUUAGACAUAAAGGCGCCAAACAUAUGCAGUCCCCAGCCAUUAAUAUGCCCUGGUGGCAAUUGUAUUCAGUGGAUGUUAUUGCCUUUUUGUUGAGUAUACUUCUUGCUGUUGUGACCAUAUUGGUGGGUUUGUGCAAGCUGCUUUGCUGCCGUGGCAAUAAGGUUUCAGCGAAGAAGGUGUCGAAGAAUAAGAAGCACAAGUAGUGUUUUAGAAGUAGUAAAAACUUUUGUAAAAUAUAAUAAUAAAGUGUAAUAUUUUUGUUUAAAUAAAUUCAAUAAAAAUUUUACCCAAAAA